GCUUCAUUUUUAAUUUUUUUUGCCGAGCUUAAAAUGUUUUUUUCCUCUCUAUCCCAGCCGCGUCGAGAUUCCGCCUGGGUUGAACGCUGAGUAUGAACGUUCUGCUUUUCCUGGAAGUGGAUGAUUAAACUCAGGACAACCCGGGCUAAAUCUCCAGGCUUGUCUCGAUUUUACAUAUCUUUAUACGGAUUCCGAGGCUUGCAAAACCAGAGCUUCGCAGCCAAACCGCUUUUCGCUUUGCUCCCGGGUCGGGCUCACACCUCGCUAUUGCUUUCCACUGGGCGGUCUAUCCAUUCUAUUGUGUGGGUCCGGCAUCCUUAGCACCUGAGAAAUGAGGGCUCCUCAGUUAGAUCUGCAAAGAGCUUCGGUUACUUACGGGGCGUAAAGAAACCCGGGGUCACAGCGCUGCCUUUCAAGUCGGCCCACGCGUGUGCGUGUGUUUAUGUCAACAUAUGCAAGUGUUCGGAUACAUACAGACGCGAGCGCAUUGUUCUGUGGCAGUGAGGCAUUGCCUACUUGGGAUUUGCUGUUUCAGGGACAGCUUCUUGUACAUUCACUGUAACCCGCUUCCUUUGCUGGCCAGCCCCUCCGCUUUGGGCUGGCGGAGUUUUGGGGGAACUCCGAGACCAAACCUGACUUAGCAGCUCCGCGAAAACUCCCCAAACAAUCACCGCAGAAGCCACAAACUCCAGCCCUAAUGGGAAAUUCUAUAACAAUAAAAACUUCAUCUGUGAGCAUAAAUAUUUUCCGCUGGCUUUGGAGCCUAACACAGUUGUUCUGUUGCGUGCCAGGCUGCAAGCAAAUGACCGGGAGAGCCAGCAGGAUGAGUCUAGUUGGGGAAAGAGGCAGCAGGGUUUGGGGAAAGUGUUUAAAUAUGGAAAUUGUCUAAAGUGUCUCAACUUGGAGGAGAGUGGGGGGGGGGAGAGGUGCGACCCCAGCUGUGUGUCCUUUAACACACGCAUGUGCAUGGCAGGACGUUGUGCUGUGCACACACUCUCUGCUCUUCCACAUGCCUGUGUAAGCAUGCACAUGUGUGUCUAGAAAUAACUAGGUAGCCCGCGUACCUCGGUAGGUCUCGAAUGCUACAUUCCAUUCUGAACUUAUUUUUUUUUGGGGGGGGGGAGGGAGAAUGCUGCUAUAGGGGAAGGUCACAGUGGUCCUUUGAGUAUGAAACUGAGAGACCCCCUUCCCCCUUUCCAGAUCACGUGAUUCAUUAAAUAAUUAAUGCAGAGGUUGCAGAAUAGAUAUGUAUUCGUCAGGAGCAUCGCAGACAUGGUCUCCUUGUGUCUGACGUGAAAUUCAACUGUCCUUUAAAAAACAAGCCUAUAGCAGAGGGGGGGAAAAGAGAGAGAGAAAGAGAGAGAGAGAGAGUGAGAGAGAGAGAGAGAGAGAGAGAGGACUGCAAUAAAACAAUUCUCAGGAAGACAGAAGCCACGCCGUGGGUUGGAUUGUUCAGCCGCCCCUCACCGCCCCUUCUCUCCUUCUUCCUUGAAGUCCUUGGUGGAGAAAAAACACAGUUCUCUUUCUUUCUCAAACUGCUGCGCUGCUUCAUUUGUGCUGGGCCAGACAACUGAGAAUUGGUCAGCUUCCAAGAGACAACUGGAAACGGACUGUCACGUGACCUUGGGGGGGCCAAUGUUCUUCCAUCAGGGUUUUAAGACCCCGGUAGUCGGUGAAAAUAUUCGCGGGGAAGCCCAGAGAUGCAGAAAACAACAUACUACGACAGUUCGACGUUGUUUGGAGGCUACUCCUACCAGGGCGCUAAUGGGUUUGGCUAUGAGGGCCCUCAACAGCCCUUCCAGCCUUCUCACGUGGAGAAUGACUACCAGAGGUCCGCCUGCUCCCUCCAGUCUCUUGGCAACACUGCCCCCCAUGCCAAGAGUAAAGACCUAAAUGGAAGCUGCAUGCGUCCCAGUUUGCCCCGCGAGCAUCAGCAAGCCGCACCUGUCUCGCCACCCCCAAACUCUGUCGCCAACAGCAACAGCAAUAGCCAGUCAGGGAGCAGCAAACCUGCCCCCAGCAAAUCAAAUCUCAGCUCCAACGCGACUCUCGCCAAACAGAUUUUCCCUUGGAUGAAAGAAUCGAGACAAAACUCCAAGCAGAAAACCAGCUCCCCGAGCACAGAAAGCUGCGGCGGCGAGAGGAGCCCUCCGGGGUCUUCUGCCUCCAAACGCGCCCGCACGGCCUACACCAGCGCGCAGCUGGUGGAGCUGGAGAAGGAAUUCCACUUCAACCGCUACCUUUGCAGGCCCCGCCGGGUGGAGAUGGCCAAUUUGCUCAACCUCAGCGAAAGGCAGAUCAAGAUCUGGUUCCAGAACCGGCGGAUGAAGUACAAGAAGGACCAGAAGUCCAAAGGCAUGGGGUCGUCGUCGGGGGGGCCCUCGCCGGCGGGCAGCCCGCCCCAGCCCAUGCAGAGCUCCGCCGGGUUCCUCAACGCCUUGCACCCCAUGCCUAGUAACUACGAGGCGCCUUCGCCGCCUUCCUUCAAUAAGCCCCACCAGAAUGCCUAUGCCAUGUCCACUAACUACCAAAACCCCAUCAAGGGCUGCCCCGCCCCGCAGAAGUACGGCAGCACGGCGCCCGAGUACGACCCCCACGUGUUACAGGCCAAUGGCAGCACUUAUGGGACGCCCACCAGCCCGGUGUACGUGGGAGGCAGCUAUGUGGAUUCUAUGCCUGCCUCGGGGCCCUCCCUGUACGGCCUCAACCACAUCCCCCACCACCAGUCUGGCAGCAUGGACUACAACGCAGCGCCCCAGAUGCCCGCCGGCCAGCACCAUGGACCCUGCGAGACCCAUCCCACCUAUACGGAUCUUUCCUCGCACCACGCCUCUUCUCAGGGUAGAAUCCAAGAGGCGCCCAAACUCACCCACCUGUGAUAGAGGGGUGGGGGCAGGGUGGGUGGGGGGCAGAUGCACUGGUGGAGGCUCUGACGUGGGGUGGGGUGGGGUUUGGUUCAGAAAGGUUUGUGUUGCGCCCAUCCCAUCUUUGUUUCUGGUGGCCUGUCUUGUGGAAAUUUCUGGCUUUUCCUGGGUGUAGUAAGCCAGCCAGGUACACUGUCUGAUGAUGAAUCCUAUUUAUUUGCAAGGUGCAGUUCUUAAAUCUAAUCCAAUCUAUCGAUCUAUGGAGAGAUAGAUCUACCUUCUGAUGCUUUAACACAGAUGGGGUUUUUUUUGGGGGGGGGGAGAAAAAUGGGGUAGUUUUAUGGAAAACGAGCAAAACACAAAACCAAAACAACCGGAUCUGCUGAAAGAAAGUACAAAUAAUUGCAAAGGUCCCUCGAACAUCGAUAAUGACAGCAGACUGUCGACCCAUCAAAUCUAUUCAAUUGGAUGAACAGCAACAGAUUAAAAAAAAAAUCUAAACAGAUUCCUAGAAAACAAAA